AUGGAUUCCACAUUGAAAGAAUCUUCUCCAUCAGGUUCGACGUUUAAACAGUGGAUUUCUGAAUUUAAGAAAGGUCGCACGAGCGCUUCUGACGAACCACGCUCAGAAUGCUACGUUGAGGUCGCAACUCCCGAAAUGAUCAGAAAAAUUCAUAAAAUGAUGAUAGUGAGCCGCAGAUUACAGGCAAAUCAGAUACAAGGAACAUUUCUACCUGGAGUAACUGGAGGUUUGGAAAUACACAGGGAAUUCAACUUAGGUGGAGGUGGAUUAGGAGGAGGUUCGAGAAGAAGUGAAUUUAAAUAUAGCAUAGGUAGUGGAGGAGAAACCGGAGGAUCUGGAUCUUCUGGACAAAGUGCAUCAGGUGCGUUAGGAGUAUCAGGCGGUUCAGGUGGAUCUGGACAAGCUGACUCUGCAGCAAAUGCAGCAGCAAGAGCAGCUGCAUCCGCCGAAGCAGGUCAAGCUGGAGUAGGUACAGGAUCAGGAAUAUCAUCAUCGGGUGUAUCAGGUGCAUCAGGUGCAUCAGGUGCAUCAGGCGUAUCAGGCGUAUCAGGUGGAUCAAGUGGAUCAGGUGGAUCAGGACAAGCUGAAUCUGGGGCAAGUGGAGCGGCAAAGGGCAGUUCAUCCGUACAAGGAGGUCAAGCUGGAGAAGUUACAGGAUCAGGCACAUCAGGUGGAUCAGGUUCAUCAGGUAUAUCAGGUUCAUUAGGUGUAUCAGGUGGAUCAGGUGGAUCAGGCGCAUCGGGCGCAUCAGGUUCAUUGGGCGUAUCAGGUGGAUCAGGGGUGUCAGGUGGAUCAGGUUCAUCAGGCAUAUCAGGUUCAUUAGGUACAUCAGGCGCAUCAGGUGCAUCAGGAGCGUCAGGCGUAUCAGGCGGAUCAGUUUCAUCAGGUGGAUCAGGUGAAUCAGGACAAGGAGGAGCUGGAGCUGGAUCUGGAUAUGGAUCUGGAUCAGGUUCAGGAUCUGGAUCAGGUGCAGGAUCUGGAGUGGGUGGAUCAAGUGCAUCAGCAGAAGGUAAGGCAGCUGCUCUAGCUAAUGGAGGUUCUUCAGGAUCUGCUUCAGGAGGAUCUAGAUCUUCAGCUGCAGGAAACGGUGCUGCAGAAUCCUCAGGUGGAUCAAGUAGAUCACGUUCAUCAGCAGAUGCAUCCGCAUCCGCAGGCUCAGAAGGAAGCAAAUAA